AUGAGCGUCACUUCGCGAGUAUACAGCCUGUUCUCAACGACGGCGCAUUCCGAUUCAUCCACCACAGCACACGCCCCGACACCUACGUACGAUAAUGGGAUAACUGAAUUUGGCGCCGCUCGAGGCGGGCGUCAGGAAGAGGCUCUGGAUAUGGAGAACGAAGAACCGCGACCACCGUAUCUUCAUGCAAUGCUAGCAGGUGGUACUGGAGGGACUUGUGGUGACAUGUUGAUGCAUUCGUUGGAUACCGUCAAAACCCGUCAACAAGGUGAUCCGAACAUCCCUCCUCGAUAUACCUCAAUGACGGCGUCCUAUGCGACCAUUUACCGGCAAGAAGGAUUUUUCCGUGGUUUAUAUGGCGGAGUCACGCCAGCUGCGCUUGGUUCAUUUCCCGGCACUGUGAUCUUCUUCGGAUGUUACGAGUUCACCAAACGUGCCAUGAUUGAUGCCGGCAUCAACCAAAACAUUGCCUACCUCUCCGGCGGUUUCUUCGCCGAUCUGGCCGCAUCGAUCGUCUACGUUCCGUCAGAGGUUUUGAAGACUCGACUCCAACUACAGGGCCGCUAUAACAAUCCUCAUUUCAAUUCGGGCUACAACUACCGCGGCCUGACCGAUGCUUUCCGGACCAUCGCAACCAUCUACCGAGAUCUCCCCUUUUCUGCGCUCCAAUUUGCCUUUUAUGAGCAAGAGCAAAAUCUGGCCAAGCAAUGGGUGGGACAAAGAGACAUCGGGUUGGGAUUGGAGAUUCUGACCGCAGCCACUGCCGGUGGCAUGGCGGGUGUCAUUACCUGUCCGUUAGACGUGGUCAAAACCCGCAUUCAAACUCAACAAAAUCCACCGUCCAAAUCCAGUGGACGAUCCGGCAGCAAGUGCACUGGUGACCAUGUUCCAAAGGAGAGCCCACGGCCUCAUGCGCCCACUUCCUCACAGGCUCAUCAAUCGUCAAGAGCGCAUUCGCGACCUAUUUCAACCUCCUCUCCAUCUACAUCCGUUUCCCCUCCUGGCGCUCCGCGACUGGAUACAUCGUCCGUCUUCACGGGACUGAAGAUGAUCUACCGCACCGAGGGUUUUGCCGGAUGGUUCCGCGGCGUGGGUCCCCGUGGUGUUUGGACUAGCAUCCAAAGUGGAACCAUGCUGGUCAUGUACCAAUAUCUGCUCAAGCAACUGGAAGUCUACCAGAGUCAUUUGGACUCGGACCGACCAUUGUAA